AGUUUAAUGUUUUUUCAUCCCUAUGUGUAUUGCCAUAGCAAUCUUCAAACUAUAAACAGUAAACACAGUGCAGCAUUCAGUUAGGUUUACUGUUAAAUUAUCAAUCGUUUAAUUUUGACAGUUAAUAGUUAAUAAAAAUAAAUGAGUGUUUUAACCGUAAACAAAUAUACGACGAUAAUAAUCGGACAAUAUUUAAUUUUGUUAUUUGAUAUUUGUGUUAAUUCCUUUGGAAGUUUUGCCAGGCAGUAUCCAAUCAAUUUAUUGGUUCUUUAUAUUAUCCAAGACUUCUGUCUAAUCAUUGGAUUUACUAUACUUUUGGUUAAUUUCUUUUCUACAUACAUUUUUCAGGCAGGAUUAAUACAAUUGUUGUAUAUUCGAUUUCGUAUGACAUUGGUCGUCUGUAUUUUAUACUUAGUUUUAAGUAUUAUUUUACAUACGUGGCAUAUUACAUUACACUGGUCUAAUCCGUUAACACACAAUUGGACUAAAGGAUUCCAUGCUUUGUAUGCCGUCCAUAGAAUAGUUGCAGUUUUUUAUUAUUACUUCUAUAAAAGAGCAGCUCUAAAAAUUGCGGAUCCAAGAUUAUACGAGGGAUCCAGUUGGGUAGAAAAACAAUUGAGUCUUCUAUGAUAUUUAUUCUUGUUUCCUUUUUUCAAUAGAGAGAGAGGGACAAUUUUUAUAAUUCAAAGGAACUUCUUCUUUAUAUCCAUAUAAAAUACACGUGAACGAUUAAAUUAGUACAACGAUGUAAAUAAUAAAUACAUGAUAUUCAUUGUUUUCUAUU